UGGGAGCCGCCAGUCUCACCAUUCGGCCUGCUGGAGGAGGAGUUGUUUGAUGACCCCUGGAAGCUGCUGGUGGCGUGCAUGUUGCUCAACAAGACCAGCGGCGCGCAGGUCCGCAAGGUCAUCUGGCAGCUGUUUGCGCUGUGCCCCACCCCCGCCGCCGCCAUCGCCGCCGACGUGCAGCAGGUGCAGGCUCUGAUCCAGCCGCUGGGCCUGUUCCGCAAGCGGGCGGCAGCCAUCCAGCAGCUGUCGCAGGACUACCUGUACAAGCAGUGGCGGGACCCCACCGAGCUGUAUGGCAUUGGAAAGUACGCGGCCGACGCCUACCACAUGUUUUGCCGGGGCAGGUGGCGGGAGGUGGCCCCAGAGGACAAGGACCUGCGGCGGUACCGAGACUGGCUG